AGGAACAUCAAACAUUUAGUGCGAUUUCAGUAUUAUAGACUACUGUUUCAUGGUUGGAUUUGCUCUGAAAAAGUUAUCAUGGAAUCUCGCGGAUGCAUUCUUAUACUAUUUCUGAUGGCAAUAAUUACUCCUGAAGUAUUACUGAUGAGAGGUGGUUGUCCUCAGCCGAGUAAAGUAUUAAUUUGCACACCGACUUGUAUAACGGACAGAGAUUGCAGAAAUGGUUGGCUUUGCUGUGACAAUAUUUGUCAUACGAAAUCUUGCACAAACCUGAGAAACGAUGGUAACGAUGGGUACAAGAAUACUGUAUACACCGCAACAGGUACCUAUUGCGGAGGCGUAAAAUGCAACUCUUAUGAAAGAUGCGAAACUGAUCGAAAUUCGAGAAGAGAACGAUGUGUUCCUCAAUAAAAAAUAAAUCACUUAUUUUGUCUUUAAUGAGCAAAUGUUUAGUUGAAAAAUGAUCUCAAAAAGGCACUCAUGGAAAAAUAAUUUAUCGGAAUACAUAAUAUAUACUUAAGUAUAUUAAUACCAAAACUUUGCGAACAGGGACAGAAAUGGGUAAAAUUGACCGAUUUGUGAUUUUAUUUAUAUGAAAAAAAUUGAAUAGUUUUGUGUAAAUUUAAGAAAUAUAU